UCUCCUAAAACCCAGAAACGAGAAAAACCCCGGACAACAUUUCUGACUCAAGUUCGUCUAUUGGAAUUGAUGAGAAGGCUAUUGAGGAGGCUCGGAGGCGUUAGGAGUUACAGCGCGGUGAGAAAGGACCUUCGGAUUGAGGGUGUUAAGCAUGCCAUAGCUGUUGCUUCUGGUAAAGGCGGUGUGGGCAAGUCCACCACUGCAGUUAAUGUGGCUGUUGCACUUGCUAACAAGUGUGGAUUGAAGGUUGGUUUGCUUGAUGCUGAUGUUUAUGGACCAAAUGUUCCUAUCAUGAUGAAGCUCGAAGGCAAGCCAGAAGUGACCAAAGAUAAAAAGAUGAUACCAAUUGGGAGCUAUGGAGUCAAAUGUAUGUCGAUUGGACUUCUUGUAGACAAGGAUGCCCCACUUGUUUGGAGAGGUCCUAUGGUAUCAAGUGCUCUCGAAAAAAUGACAAGGGGGGUUGACUGGGGAGUUCUUGAUAUUCUUGUGGUAGACAUGCCUCCAGGCACUGGUGAUGCUCAUAUUACUGUAUCCCAAAGGCUACAAUUAUCAGGUGCAUUAAUUGUUUCAACACCUCAGGAUGUUGCACUAAUGGAUGCUCGCAGGGGAAUUAACAUGUUCUCUAAAGUUGAAGUGCCCAUCUUGGGAAUUGUUGAAAACAUGAGCUGUUUUAAGUGUCCAAACUGUGCUGAACGAUCAUUCAUUUUUGGGGAAGGAGGAUCUCGUAAGACAGCAGCGGAGAUGGGAAUAGAAGUUGCUGGCGAGAUACCAUUAGAAGUGGGGAUCAGAAAAGGCUCUGACGACGGUGUCCCAGUAGUAAUAUCAGCACCUGAUUCUGAUGUCUCAGAGGCAUAUGUUGAGGUGGCUCGGAAAGUUGUCAGCAGACUUGAAGAAUUAUCUAAGGAAGAACAUUCACGUCCUCAGAUUUCCCUUUGAUUUUCACAAUGUUCUUGUCUUUGCAACUCGAGAUUUUGUGCUGUUCAGGGAAGUACAAAUUAUUUAUAGUAAGAAUAAUUCCAGACAGAUUAUCACACUGUUCAUAUUCUGCUUUGAUCUAAUUGAUACUCAUUGGAACCUGCUUGAUUUAAAGUGUUGAAUCAUUCUCCGUGUGCAUCCUUGUAGAAUGAGAAUUAAUGGGGUGAGAAAGGGAGUGUAUCCACUUUGUAACUUUGACCUGAUGACAACAGAUCAAGGCCCCAUCCUUUUCAGUUCAAUGACAGAACAAGGUCCACUUUCCAAAUUGAAAGGCUAGUGUCAAGGAACACUUGCAGAAUAUGCAUCACUCAUUUGAACCUCUAAAUCUCUAAUAGUGGACGCAUCUUUCAGAUCUU